AUGGCGAGCGCAUCAGGUUACAAUCAUCAUCGAUUCGCUCGAGCAGUGUUGAAGAAAUCGAGGAAAUGGGAACCUAGUUUGACUGUACAGCUUCAUCACAAUUAUUGGAGGUUUGAGAAUUCGCCUAUCAACUUCCAAUAUGAAGGGGAGAUGAAGCCGUUCCUCCUUGCUCUCCGAUCCCAAGUCAUCCCCUCCUCCCUCAUCCGUUCACUGUACAACAUCUACCCUACCAUAUCCUUCGUGGAUGGUUGUCUGGUAGUGGAGAUUCAAGAUUUCAGGAGAUCGCCCGAAACUCGCUCGAGGGUGGUCAUGAGACCUGCAGCGGAAACGCUCGCUCAGACUAUAGACGUUAUUUCAGAGAGGAAAGGACAAGUUUUGGAUGAAGGGAUGGGAUUGGAAUUGGAAUCUAGGAUAAUAGCAGCUACCUCACCCCCACUCUACCUGGGAACAUCGAUCCUAGCGACCCGCAAUGCGACUCUCGCCCUUGCUUUGACAUCGCCAGCCAACCCCAACCUCUCUUCGGACGGUACCGCACGGUCUUCCUCAUCCACCGGGGACGGUACGGGAAACGACUCGAAAUCGACUUUAGACAAGAUGCGCAAGCUUUUACGCGCCGGUAUAAACGACCGAUCGACCUCAUCUGGCGGUACGCCUUUCCAAGCUAACUGGGUAGUUUUGAGGGCCAAAGAGCAGUUUGAGAGAUUGAAGAUGCAGAGGGAGAUAGAGGCUAGGGAAGCUGCGAACAGACCUCCGCAGGGUAUGGGUAACGGGAAUGAUCCUAAUGGGAUGUUACAAAAUGGUGCAGAAGGGAUGGGUGUAGGUGGAGAUGGUAUAGGUAAUGGAGAGACGACAGGGGAAAAGAAAAAGGUGAAAAAGAAAAGACCACCUCCCCAAACUGAAGAACAGGAAGAUGAAGGUGUGAAGGAAGUUAAGAAACCGAAGAAGAAGAAGAAGUUGAAUAAUACAAAUACAGCUGCGGAAGCGGAAGCUACGAAGAACGAAGAGACGACCACUGCACCGACUAAGAAGAAGAAAAACACAAAUACUCAGAAAGAUACGAACGCUGCUCAGAAUGAAGCUCCCCCACCAGCUAAGAAGAAGGUGCAGAAGAAGAAGAAAGAUGAUGGUGAAAAGGCGAAAAAUGAUGGUACUGCUGGCGAAUCUGGAGCAGGGACAGGGGCGGGGUUGAGUUGA